ACCAACUAAGCAUAGCUUAAAUUUAUAUUUGAUCAUCAAACUAUGGCCACAUUCAGCAACAUUUCUAUGAUAGUUCUAUGUUUCGUGAUUAGUUCUGCAUUAAUGAUCCAAACCGGGGUUUCACGUGAUAUUCCAGAAGCAGAAGCAUCAAAUGCACCAGAACCAUCAUCAUCGUAUGAUGAUGAUCAUCUAAGCACCUGUGCAGCCAAGUUAGACCCAGGUUGUGGUGACGAGAUAUUCUCAGCUGUAUUUUAUGGUAGCCAAACAAUUAGUGGUGAAUGUUGUGACACACUUGUGAGUGAUGCUGGAAAAGCAUGCCAUGAUGAUAUGACAAAAUAUAUUUUGAAAUUAAAAAAGUUCCCGAAUGAACAUCAGAUCUUGCAUAGAAGUGAGAAUGUUUGGAAUGCUUGUGUUGCGUUGGACUACCCUGCGGCUGAACCAGUUGCUGUGCCCAGUGAUGAGAGUUUAUACAAUUGACACAUUGUAAUCUCUCAUAAAAAUAUAAUAUCUUAAUUUAUAUACUUUCUUGGCUUCUUUUCUUCAAGGACUAAAAAAUAUUCAAA